AGGACACCAUGUCCAGCGGCGAUGUGGAACUCCUGGGCGACAAUGUGGAAAUCCUGGAUUACGAACCCGAGGGCGAGGCUCCCACCGCAGAGCAGUUCCCAGCGGCGGGUGCAGAAGACGAGAGCCCCCCCAUGCCCAUGGUGUUCAUCGUCUAUGAUUUGCUGGACAACAUCGCCACAGCAGAUCCGGUGGAACUGGAGCAAGCCUACAACACCGGACGUGUCUCUCUGUAGGGUAUGGUAGAAGCGGCCCAUCUGUCGUCCGAUUCCCCCCUUUUCGUUCCUCCUUUCUCGCUCCCGCCGUACGACAGAUUAAUCCUCUUGCCCCACGACGAGUUUAUGGCGUACCAAAGGUUGAACGGGAUGUGGUGCGACGGUCUUGCCGGGAAGAUAGCAGAGGCGGAGGCGUGAGAGCAGGCGAAGCGCGAGCACGCGGAGCGCUUGGCGGAACGGAAGGCUGCUCUGGCCGCUGCGGCGAGGAAGCAGGAGGAGGAACGUGAGGCUGCUCUGGCU